UAGAAUUAUUAAGUUAACACAAUUUCUUGAGUAGAAAAAAAGUUGUUACAAUUACUUUUUCAUUCAAUCAUGGACUCUAGAGCAAUGCAAGAUGAACCUCCUCAUGAUGAGCAUGAGAAGAAAUCAGUUCUCAAGAAAGUGAAGGCAAAGGCUAAGAAAAUUAAGGACACAAUCACAAAACCAAAGCAUGGUCAUCAUGAUGAUCAUGAACAUGGUCACGGUCAUGAUCAUGAUCAAUAUCAGUAUGAAAAGCAACAUAUUCCUGAUGAUCAUGACCUGGAUCAGGAAGAUGAUGAGGAUGAUCAAGACCCAGAAAUUCAUGGAGCACCAAUUUACGAUAGUGUCACAGUUAGAAAUGUGACACCACAAGUGCAAGGAGUGAAUUUUGGAGGAACAAAUAUUAUGGGAGAAGAAUAUCAUCACCAUGAGCCAGAUAGAACAUUUCUUAAGGAACAGAGAACAAUGAUAUCUAAGGUUAAUUUGGAGGAAGAUCCUCAUGCACCAGGAAGUAGAUUUGAAGCAUAUGUUCCAGCUAAUUAUCAAACCAAGGUCCCUGAUCCAACUGGGACAGGUGGUGCAGAAAUUGAUAUUAGUCCAAUUGAAAAAUCUAUGGACAGAAUGACUAAACAAAAUGAGCCAAAAACUCUUGCAACAAUAUGUGAAACACAAUACCCUUCACCUUGUGUUGGAAUUCACAACCAAUUUCCACCACAGCUUUCUACAGAAACCAAAACACCUUAUCCAUCAUCAACUAUAGCACAUGAUCAAAGUUUACCACAACUAUCUUCUGAAAUCAAAACUCAAUACCCCAAAAACCAUGAUCAAUUCACACCAGUUUUUAACACUUCAGCGCAAACUCAACACCCUAAUAUCAUCCAUCAUGACCAAAACUUCCCACAUUUCUCAAAUGUAACUAAGACUCAAUAUCCUUCUUCUGUUACAAGCCAUGAUCAUUUCACAACACCGUUACUACCAACUGAACAUAAACCUCAACACCAUUUUGAAACAAGUCAUGACCAAAAUUUACCUCAAUACUCCAAUGCAACAAAAACUACAUCAAACUUGCUACCUGUCACAGGCCAUGACCAAUAUCUACCACCGGAAUCUCGGUACCAUUCUGCUACAAGUCAUGAUUUAGCAUAUGAGCCUAAACCUCAACACUCUUCUGCCACAAUCCAUGACACACAUCUGCCACCAUAUUCUGGUGCAGGAGAAUCUGGGUACUCUUCAGCUGGUAGCCAUGUUCAAUUUAAACCAGAGUUACCAACUGAACAUAUACCACAACACCCUUUUAACACAAGUCAUGGACAAUCUUUGCCACAAUAUUCUAUUGUAACUGAACCUAAACUUCAACACCAAUCUGUUACAACCUUACCACAGCAUUCAAGUGAAAUAAAGACUCAAUACUCAUCUUCUGGAAGCCAUGAUCAGCUUCGCCCAGAGUUACCAACUGAGCACCAUUCUCCACCACAUCUAAGUGCCAUGAGAACUCAAUACCCUUCAGCUGGAAGCCAUGAUCAGUUUAGAGCAGAUUUACCAACCGAGCACCAUUCCCCACCACAUAUCAGUGCCAUGAGAACUCAAUACCCUUCAGCUGGAAGUCACAAUCAGUUUAGAGCAGAUUUACCAACUGAGCACCAUUCCCCACCACAUAUCAGUGCCAUGAGAACUCAAUACACUUCAGCUAGAAGCAACGAUCAGUUUAGAGCAGAGUUACCAACCGAGCACCAUUCUCCACCACAUCUCAGUGCCAUGAGAACUGAAUACCCUUCACCUGGAGGCCGUGAACGGUUUACACCACAGUUUUCUACAACGGAGACCUCAUCAAACCAAAGCAAUGACAGCUACACCGACAAAAUGUAUUCUGCAGCUUCUACCAUUGCUGACAAAGCCACCAGUGCUAGAAAUGCUGUUGCUUCAAAGCUUGGAUACGGUGGUGAUGAGAACGAAACAACACAAACAACAAUCGAUGAGUCAAAUCAGACCAGUUAUGCAGAUAAAAUCUCAUCUGCAGCCGCUGACAAAGCCACCACUGCUAAAGACAUGGUUGCUUCCAAGCUUGGAUAUGGUGAAAAAGGAGAAACAACAAGUGGUGAAACACCAUCGAACCAGACCAGUCUUACAGAUAAAAUAUCAUCUGCAACAUCUGUAGCAGCUGACAAAGCUGCCGCUGCUAAAGACAUGGUCGCUUGGAAGCUUGGGUAUGGUGAAAAAGGAGAGACAACAACCGGUGAAACACCAUCAAACCAGAGCAGUUAUACAGAGAAAAUAUCAUCUGCAACAUCUGCAGCAGCAGAUAAAGUGGCCACCGCUAAAGAUAUGGUUGCUUCGAAGCUUGGAUAUGGUGAAAAAGGAGAAACAGAUACUGGUGAAGCACCAUCAAACCAGAGUAGUUAUACAGAGAAAAUAUCAUCUGCAACAUCUGCAGUCACAGAUAAAGUCGCCACUGCUAAAGAUAACCUGGCAUCUAAGCUUGGAUAUGGUGAAAAAGGAGAAACUGUUGUAACUCCAUCGAACCAGAACCAGCGCAGUUAUACAGAGAAAAUCUCUUCUGCAACGUCUGCAAUAGUAGAUAAAGCUGCAUCGGCUAAAAACAAAGUAGCCUCAAAGCUCGGCUUCGGCGAAACGGAGAGAGAUUCUUCUACUGAAGUGUCACCUGCAGAAUAUGGAAACAGAAUUGCAGUUUCCUUGACAGAGAAGUUAUCUCCAGUUUCUGGAAAACUUGAAAGAGGAAGUGGGGUUGUAGAACAGGAUAAAGGGGUGUCCGUAAAAGACUAUGUAUCUGAAAAGCUAAUACCUGGUGAAGAAGAUCGAGCACUUUCUGAGAAAAUUUCUGAGGGUUUGUAUAAAAAAAGUGUAGAUAAAACCGUGAAAGAUCUUAAUGAUGAUGAUGAUAAAAGAGAAGGUAAGGAUGUGAGGAAAGUAGUAUCUGAUGCUGUUCAUAAGAGAGAUGAUGAUGAUGUUGAUGAGGGUAGGAGAAAAGCAGUUAGGGGAAAGGUGACUGAGAGUGAAGAGGUGAAGAAGAGGUUAGGAGGUUGGGAUGAUGAGAUAAAAGGAGAGUUAGGCAAGGGUAUGGUUGAUAUGGUUAAGGAUACUGUUGAGUCUUGGUUUGGGAAACCAGGUGAGAAAGAAGCAACUCAAGGAAGUGGUGAAAGAAGACUUCAGGAAUCAGCUAAUUGAAGAAUGCGUUUUUGUUUCUUGUGUGAAAUAUUAUAGUUUUAUGUUUAUGUAAUUUUUGUAUCCUGUUUAAACGUGUGUUUUGUUGUAAGUGUUGGGAUUUUGAUUAUGUUAUAUUUACUAUUGUGGAUAGUUCAAAGAAUGUGUUACUGUUAUAUGAUUAAAGGGGAAAUGUUAUGUUAAUAA